CUCCAUGGAGCUGCCAACGAACAGAGCGCCUAGUCCUGGCCGCCGGAGACGCCGAUACCACAUCCAAACCAGGUCUUUAUCGUACCACCUCUCGACCAGCGCACACAACUUUCAACCGCGCAACUACGGCUUUCCCAGGACUAGUUACAGGUGCAUCUUAAGGAACGUGAGCUCCUGGCGGUCGUCGGCCCGAGCUGCGCUGGAAAGACCACACGGCUGUCUCGUGCCAAUGAAAACAUACCCAGCUACUGGAUCUUCAUGCACCACCCGACCUCGUUCGAGUAUCCUUUCGAGGCUUUGGUUCUGAACGAGUUCGGCGGGCAAGGGGAUGUGCACUUGAUGGAAGGAUGCUCCUGAGGCGGCAGGGUGUAGAGGAGUUCCAAAGGUGGAGUCAUGUAGGGAUGAUGCUUCCGUUCGUGUGUGGGGUACAGGAUCCUCUGCUUCCUUGUUCUCUGGUGUAGAUGUUACAGGUUGAGAAGAUAGCCUCUUCCUCCUCCUCCUCUCGGCUUCUGCUUCUUUUGGCAAUGGGUUGAACUAUGGAACGGAGCUAUGAUCGCAAAAUAACAUCUUUACGGGGCGUGUUUAUGUGAAAGUUAAUUAACUCCAGGGGUGUAAUUAUAAAAACGAGUGUCAGGUAUUUGAAGAGGGCGUUCGAAGAAACCCCAAGUCGCUGGGUGUUGCGCUUUCCUCUGUUUCUUUCCAUCUAUGGCGGCGGCUCAACCCUUCACCCCUUCCGCCUCACUCUCCACGGCCUUGAAGCCGGCGGCACCAAGAACUUUAGGUUUUGGGUCUUUCUUCUCGUUCGCCAAGUCCCCUAGCCAUCUCCUCCGCCGGAUACACACCCAUGCCGCGCCCGGUGGUCGAGUAGUCGGCGCUGCCCUUGCAGCUCGGAUGGUCUCUUCCCUGCCUUCCAUCGGUGGGUCUGUCACCUCUCUCGACUUCGAGAGCUCGGUGUUCAAGAAAGAGAAGGUCAACCUUGCCGGCCACGAUGAGUAUAUUGUUAGAGGUGGAAGAGAUCUGUUCCAUUUGUUGCCGGACGCGUUCAAGGGGAUCAAGCAAAUUGGUGUGAUCGGGUGGGGGUCUCAGGGUCCAGCCCAGGCACAGAAUUUGAGGGAUUCACUUGCCGCGGCGAAUUCAGAUAUCGUGGUCAAGAUUGGCCUAAGAAAAGGUUCUCGAUCUUUUGAUGAAGCACGCGCUGCUGGAUUCACUGAAGAAAAUGGAACUUUGGGUGAUAUCUGGGAAACAGUUUCUGGCAGUGAUCUUUUAUUGUUGUUGAUUUCCGAUGCUGCACAGGCGGACAACUCUGAGAAGGUAUUCUCUCACAUGAAGCCAAACAGCAUCCUGGGCCUCUCCCAUGGCUUUCUUCUUGGACAUUUGCAAACACUUGGUCUUGAUUUUCCCAAACACAUUAGUGUGAUUGCUGUAUGCCCCAAGGGAAUGGGUCCUUCUGUUAGAAGGUUGUAUGUCCAAGGGAAAGAGAUAAAUGGUGCAGGGAUCAAUUCUAGUUUUGCUGUACACCAGGACAUUGAUGGCAGGGCUGCAGAUGUUGCUCUGGGAUGGUCGGUCGCUCUAGGAUCACCUUUCACCUUUGCUACCACAUUAGAGCAGGAAUAUAAGAGUGACAUUUUUGGAGAGCGCGGUAUUUUACUCGGCGCUGUGCAUGGAAUUGUGGAGUCAUUGUUCAGAAGAUACACUGAGAACGGAAUGAGCGAAGAACUGGCUUACAAAAACACCGUAGAGUGUAUCACGGGGAUCAUAUCAAAGACCAUUUCAACAAAGGGUAUGCUUGCUGUGUACGAUGCUCUGUCUGAAGAGGGGAAGAAAGAAUUUAAUGCUGCAUAUAGUGCAUCAUACUACCCUUGCAUGGAUAUAUUAUAUGAGUGCUAUGAGGAUGUUGCAUGUGGCAGUGAAAUUCGCAGUGUCGUUCUAGCUGGACGACGCUUCUACGAAAAGGAGGGUCUUCCUGCUUUCCCAAUGGGUAAAAUCGAUCAAACACGUAUGUGGAAAGUUGGUGAGAAAGUUCGUGCUGUUCGUCCUGAAGGUGAUUUGGGGCCUCUGCAUCCGUUUACUGCAGGCGUUUAUGUAGCUUUGAUGAUGGCACAGAUCGAGGUCCUAAGGAAGAAGGGACACUCUUAUUCGGAGAUCAUCAACGAGAGUGUCAUAGAGUCUGUUGAUUCACUGAACCCUUUCAUGCAUGCUCGUGGGGUGUCAUUUAUGGUGGAUAACUGUUCCACGACUGCACGUCUGGGAUCAAGGAAAUGGGCUCCACGGUUUGAUUACAUCCUCACGCAGCAGGCUUUUGUUGGUGUCGAUAAAAAGAGCCCCGUUAAUCAAGACCUCCUCAGCAACUUCUUGUCUGAUCCAGUUCAUGGUGCAAUCGAGGUUUGUGCACGGUUGAGGCCAACUGUUGACGUCUCAGUUCCACCCGAUGCGGAUUUCGUCCGCCCGGAACUGCGGCAAAGUAGCAAUUGAGAUGUGAUAAGUUUUGAUACUCGGACCAACAAGUAAGUGUUUGUUUGAGAGGUUAAACUCAAGGAAGGCUUCCUAAAGAUGCAGUUCCAUCAAGCCUCUGGAGAAAUUAGGCUGCCGAUUAUGUAGCUGGUAGUGAAGCGUUGUGGCGUUUGUUUGUAGUUUUGCACGUUGAAGAAUAUGGUGCUCAACUGAGCAUCGUUCGUGUUGUUUUCGUCUUCGUCGUCCGGCAGUAAAUUGGUGAUUAUGUACCCUACUAAGACAGUAUUGUUCUCUUUUUUAGAUCUUUUUGAUGGAAUGGAAUAUUUAUUGGUUGACAGCA